UGUAUAACUUAAUUUGCAGGUCAAGAAUGUUUUUAUUGUGAAACCACCACUUGAAAGAUUACCAUCCUAGGUUUAUGACCACCUCCUAACUCUACCAAAAAUUGUUUUCCAACAAUUAUAUCAGUACAAUAAAAAUUUUUGGUUAGAAUGUCAACUUCACCUACAGUUGGAUUGCGAAUUGAAGAGUUUACUUCGAUUGACAAUCGCCGUGGUUGUUGUGCAUCUGCAGCAACAAUGCUUACACCAGAACUUUCAGAAAGAUCACUUGGAAAACCAUUUAUUGUUAGACACUGGUCUACAAUUUCACAUAUCUUGUCUCUUGUUAUCGUAUUUGCUAUUUGGUGUUUGCUUUUAAAAGCUUUUGCACGAGAAGUACAAGCUACAUGUAUAUACAUGGUCUUUGUAACUUUGUUUGUAACAGUUACAGAAAGUUUAUUUAUUUGGCACAAGCUUCUUUUUAAUCGAGGUCUAAAAGAAAAUCGAACUCAAAAAUUAUUGGAUUUACUUUCACAGCUUAAUACAUGGAAAAAACUUUCUGUUUAUGUUCUUUUGUCUGUGCCUGCAUUCUACCAACCUAAAAUUGCUCCUUUAACUUUGUCAUGUGGUGUAUUAAUUAAUCUUAUUGGAAUAAUUCACUUUUUUCAUUUUUUUAGAGAAAAAAAUGUAAAAAAGCCAAUACGAUACCAACAAUUAGGCAUUUAUUGAAGAUUUUUUUUUUUUUAACAAUACUGUUUUUAUAGUAGAACAUUGAUAUUGUACAGUAAUAUUUUUUGUUCUUAUAUUUAUUUUUCAAAUGGUUAUAUAUUUUCAAGGGAUAACUGCAAAGUGCUUCUAAACUGUUGCUAUACGCAGCGUUAUGUGCUUUAUAAUCAUUAUUAUAUACAUUACAAUCUCAAUCAUUUGAAUCUCUUUAAAUCAAAAACCUCCAUAGUUUGAUUAAAUGCUAAUUCACC